AUGCCUCCAGCAGCCACUCUGGAAUAUGCCUCAAAUGCACCAGAACCCUUGGCCAUGUACUCGCGUCUCCCAAAACACCAUCUUCGUUCUGAAGACGGGACUCCAGAUUAUCUACGCCUGAUCCUCACCGCCAAGGUCUAUGAUAUCCUCAAGGAAACCCCUCUCGUUAUGGCCACAAACCUGAGUGCAAAACUAGGCAACCAGAUCUGGCUCAAGCGCGAAGACCUCCAGGAAGUCUUCAGCUUCAAGAUCCGAGGCGCCUACAACUUCAUGGCCAGCCUCUCAGAAGAGGAACGAUGGAAGGGGGUCGUCACUUGCAGCGCGGGUAAUCAUGCCCAAGGUGUAGCCCUCUCAGGUGCCCGACUGGGCAUCCCUUGCACUAUUGUCAUGCCCCAGGGAACUCCGACCAUCAAGGUCCGCAAUGUGGCACGCCUGGGUGCCAAAGUCGUCCUGCACGGCGUGGACUUUGACGAGGCCAAGGCCGAAUGUGCACGACUCGCCUCAGCUCACAGCCUGACUUUUGUCCCACCCUACGAUGAUCCACUCGUCAUUGCCGGGCAAGGCACAGUUGGAAUGGAGAUCCUAAAACAGCUGCCCGAAUCCGACCAGCUCGACGGUAUCUUUGCAGCUGUUGGUGGUGGAGGUUUGGUAGCCGGCAUUGCUGAAUAUAUCGAUCGCAUCGGAAAUCCCAAUAACCACGUUAUUGGAGUUGAAACAAUCGAUGGAGAUGCGAUGGCACGUAGCAUCGAAGCAGGACACCGCGUAACCCUCAACGAAGUCGGUCCGUUCAGUGAUGGUACAGCGGUCAGGAUCGUUGGUGAAGAGCCUUUCCGUAUCUGCAAAAAGCUGCUCGACUCGCCUAUCGUGAAGGUCGACAACGACGAGAUCUGUGCUGCUAUCAAGGAUAUCUUCGAAGAAACAAGAUCCAUCACCGAACCAGCAGGUGCGGUCGCCCUGGCCGGUCUAAAACGCUACAUCGCAGACAACAACCUCAUCGGAGCAAACAAGAAAUUCGUCGUGGUUGUGAGCGGCGCCAAUAUGAAUUUCGACAGGCUCCGGUUCGUUUCUGAGCGAGCUGAAAUCGGUGAAGGCCGAGAAGCUCUCCUCAGCGUGGACAUCCCUGAACGACCUGGAAGUUUCGUGGCCCUCCAUUCCAUCAUCCACCCGCGCGCUGUCACCGAGUUCAUUUAUCGCUACAACAUCGACGGCGACCGUGCACACGUCCUUUUGUCGUUCAAGAUUGAGUCCAAUUCACGUGAAACCGAAGUACAAGCUAUUCUUGCUGCUCUAGAGGCGGCUGAUAUGAAAGGCUUGGAUAUGACGAACGAUGAACUGGCCAAGAGCCAUGUCAGGUAUAUGAUUGGCGGGAGGCAGCAGGUGCCCAACGAAAGGAUCUUCCGGUUCGAGUUCCCGGAAAGACCGGGCGCGCUUAGGAAGUUUUUGCUCGGCAUGCAGCAAGGGUGGAACAUCUCGUUAUUCCAUUAUCGAAACCAUGGAGGAGAUCUGGGCCGAGUCCUCGCUGGUAUCCAGGUGCCCGAAUCCGAUUCAGACGCGUUCAAGGCAUUCUUGGACAAGCUCGAUUAUUCGUAUGUAGAGGAGACAGACAACCCUGUCUAUGCGCGAUUUUUACGGGGGUAGAUCGUUAGGUGGAGUAGAGUACGGUACAGUAGAACAAACCGCCAGGAUCUGGCGGAGGCAACAAGAGAUCGACUGCAAUGGGAGAAGUCUAAAAACAUUGCAAUCAUAUCCCUUGAAUUGCAAUCGGGUGGAUGUACA